AUGACCAAGCGAAAGACUGAGGAAGAAAAGACGGCCGUUAAAGCCAAGCGAACAAGAAGAGUUCCCUUCACCGCACCAAAAGAUGUAGCCACAAAGGCACUUAUUGCGCAAAAUGCAUCAUGCUCGCCGCUGCUACGAAUGCCCCUCGAGAUUCGCAACAAGAUCUGGAAAAUUGUGCUAGGAGAUCGGCUCAUACAUCUCGAAUAUCCUGGUGUCAGGCGCGUUCGCAAGGUGGAAGAGAAAAUGCGGAGCUGCAUACACGUCGUCUGUAAACACGAUUGCCCGGAGCAUGAAAUGACCGACAAAGAGAUCGACUGGCGAAUGCCGCAUCAAAGCUGCAACCUCGACCUUUCGCAUAAACGGGGAUACCGUGACACCCAAGUCCGUAAUAACAUCCUUGUCCGCGAACAACCGGAUCCUCCCGAGUCAGUACAUCUGACAGUCCUGCGAGUCUGUCGACAGAUAUACAAUGAAGCGAAUGAUGUGCUAUGGUCGACGAAUACUUUCUCCUUCAGUGAAGCCGACCCCACCUUCGUUGAUUUCAUGGAAUCGAGGACGACCCAUCAAAAACAGACGUUGAGAAAACUUCGACUGCAGAUGGACUGGGUUUAUGAGGACGAAAAAGGCUGGAAUCGCAUCUUAGGCGUGAAGCGUCUCAGAUCCUUGACUGGGAUUAGGAGUCUACGUCUGCAGAUCAACCAUUCGAUGGAGGCCGCGCUAUAUCAUGAGGCGAAAGUUCGGGGGGGUCGAGCUCGCCUUUUUUCAACCUCAUCAACACGAGUUCGUGCUCAAAUUGGCCACAUUGCCGCUGACCGACGUCGAAGUCUUCGUCAGCGACUUUCCCAUCGUCAUCAGCGACUAUCCUUUCUCGGACAGCGACGUCGAUGA